AUGGACUCUGGGGGGGCAGCAGGAUCGCACAGAAGAGGGAAAGAGCACCGCCAGUCAGUGGAGGCCACCAUAGGCGCUGCUUCUGCGGUACAUAGACCUCGGGCGGGGCUUUGUCGCCUGCUCCCCCUUGCAGAUUCCUCAGCGUCCCCGGGCCCUUUGACUCACCUGAGCCUACAGAACAGCUUGGAGGCGCGGCUGCAGAGCGGAGCUGAGGGGAAGAGCCCCCAGGGCAGUUGGACCAGCUCAUCCCCAGAGUGUACCAUGGCACUGAGAGAAGGAGUGCGAAGCUGCCUGCAGCAACGGUAUGAGCAGACAGUUUGGAUCCUGCAUGCCAAGGUGGCCCAGAAAUCCUACGGAAAUGAGAAGAGGUUCUUCUGCCCCCCGCCCUGUGUCUACCUCUCGGGUCCCGGAUGGAGGGUGAAGCCCGUGCGGGGCCAAGUCCCCCAGGCUGGGGAGACCGGGGCCACAGUCUGCGGUUACAUGGGGCUGGACGGGGCUUCUGGCAGCGCUGCCGAGACGCAGAAGUUGAACUUCGAGGAGCAGCCAGACUCCAGGGAAUUCAGUUGCGCCAAGACCCUGUACAUCUCAGACGCCGACAAGAGGAAGCACUUCCGACUGGUGCUCCGCCUCGUGCUGCGAGGGGGCCGAGAGCUGGGCACCUUCCACAGCCGCCUCAUCAAGGUCAUCUCGAAGCCUUCACAGAAAAAACAGUCGCUGAAAAACACCGACCUGUGCAUAUCGUCCGGCUCAAAGGUCUCCCUCUUCAACCGCCUGCGCUCCCAGACGGUGUCCACACGCUAUCUCUCAGUGGAGGAUGGUGCCUUCGUGGCCAGCGCAAGACAGUGGGCUGCCUUCACUCUCCACCUCGCUGAUGAACACUGUUCCCAAGGGGACUUCCCACCUCGAGAGAGCUACGUCCGCUAUGGCUCCCUGGUGCAGCUUGUCUGCACAGUCACUGGCAUCACACUACCCCCUAUGAUCAUCCGCAAAGUAGCCAAGCAGUGUGCGCUCCUCGAUGUGGACGAGCCUAUCUCCCAGCUGCACAAGUGUGCCUUCCAGUUUCCAGGUGGCCCUCCUGGAGGGGGUGGCACCUACUUAUGCCUUGCCACAGAGAAAGUGGUGCAAUUCCAGGCCUCUCCCUGUCCCAAGGAGGCAAACAAGGAUCUGCUCAAUGAUAGCUCCUGCUGGACCAUCAUCGGCACGGAGUCCGUCGAGUUCUCCUUCAGCACCAGUGUGGCGUGCACGCGGGAGCCGGUCACACCGGUGCCCCUCAUCUGCGCUCUGGAGCUGAGCGGCGGAGGCGACGUGGCGACAUUGGAGCUGCAUGGGGAGAAUUUCCACGCAGGGCUCAAGGUGUGGUUCAGGGACGUGGAGGCAGAGACCAUGUACAGGAGCCCGCGGUCCCUGGUGUGCGUGGUGCCUGACGUGGCGGCCUUUGGCAGCGACUGGCGCUGGCUACGCACCCCCAUCACGGUACCGGUGAGCCUGGUGCGAGCUGACGGGCUCUUCUACCCCAGCGCCUUCUCCUUCACCUACACCCCAGAAUACAGCGCCAGGCCGGGUGCGCCCAGCGCCCCGAAGCCCGCUGAGGAAGCCGACGCGCUCCUCGAGAGCAUCCACCACGAGUUUACACGCACCAACUUCCAUCUCUUCAUCCAGACUUAGCUACCCAUGCUGCCCCGGGCAGGCAGAGCAGGACAGGGCUGGGAGGGGCUUCGCUGGGCCGCUCCCUGCUGCCCUGCCCUUCCCUGCAAAAGAGCUGAAGGAGGCUUCGCAAAGAAGCCUCCUCUUACACUGGGCUUGAAGAAUACACGACCUAGGGCCAGUGAGAUAACUCAGCAG